UUUGUUGAUGCCUUGAACGACACACUCUGCUGUGGUGAAUGUGAAGCGUAUUCGAAGAGCGAUUCGUGUAUGUUCGUGAUUGAUGCUGUUUAUUGUUGAUAACUGUGCAGUGAUGGAAUUGAAUUGUAUAACACGUUAUUUGAUUUAAUGGAGUGAUCUUUUAUCGGCUUUGUUAUUGACGAUUAGUAUUCGAUGUUAUUAGUGUUGACUGUAAGAUGGAUAGUUCAAUGAUGAAUUUCCCCCCCGGCGAUCCCAGACUUGUAGACAAAAUAGUUUGUCAAUUGAAAUCGCAAGGUAUUUUUGACAGAUUUCGAAAGGAAUGUAUAGCAGAUGUUGACACAAAGCCUGCAUAUCAAAACCUUCAUCAAAGAGUUGAAGGAACAGUUGCCAGUUUUCUGGCUACUCAGGAAUGGCGUCAGGAAAUGAACAAGAACCAAUUGAGAGAUAGCCUGAGAAAGCAUAUACACGAGUCUGGAUUCCUAGAUCUUGGUGUCGAACGGAUUGUGGACCAAGUUGUUAAUCCAAAGAUAUUGACUGUUUUGCUUCCACAAAUUGAAGAUGUGGCUACUAAUAAAGAGCAAGGAAAUCAAAUCAUAAUGGCGUCGCUGCAACUGCAGUCGGCGAAGGCGUUCAAGCCGCUCAAGAUGGAGACGCUGGAGGACCUGCUGCCCAAGGACCUGGACCCCAUCUCACCCGGCAGCGUGGGCGUGGCCAGCGACGACGACGACGACCAUGACCACCUGGCGGCGGAGCGCGAGCGGGACCAGGAGCGGGAGCGGGAGCGAGAGCGAGAGCGGGACGGGGGCGAGGAGAUGGAGGCGGACGAGGAGGACUCUUCGCCGCCCUUCGAGCCCAUCGACGCGCCCGCCUCUGCGCCCCACCACGAUGCUAUCUCCUUACGACGAGAGCUCCAUGGACAGCCACACUGUCGGCAUCUCCGCCUCACCAAGCCACGGCAGUCAGCUCCGACCGUUCGUUCGGCGGGAGCGGGCCAAGUCCCGCGCCCCGCGGCGCGGCCGCCGCGCCCCGCCCCCGCACGGCGACCCCCGCCGCGUCCCGCCCAUCACGCCCUUUCGACCUCGCCAGCCCAGGACCAGCCAGCUGUCCAGGUUUCCUCCUCAGCAGCCGUCCUCUCCUGA